GAAGCCUCUGCUGUACGGUUUGGCUGGAAAGCCCCCUCCUGCCUCCUCCUUUGCCCUGGAGUGUGUGUGUGUGAGUGGGUGGCAGAUUGGAGGGGGGCAGCAGGGGGCCAGCUGUGGAAAAAGUAAUGGGACUAAGUCCUGAUGCGUCCCCCCUCUAAACACACCUGGUCCCUGUAGCUUCUGUUAGCAAAGUAACUUAAAUAAUGCAGACAAAAUCCAGAGAGAAAAGUCCUGAGAGAAAAGUCCUGAGAACACUUUACUGAGCAAACUGAGCAAAAACUGUAGAAUUUGAGGAGAAAGGAGCAGAGAGAUUUUGUCUUUUCACUUCAGCCCUUUUACAAAGCAGGGAGACAUACAUCCAAACAUACAGUGGAAAACUCCCUCAGAGCUACACAGUCUAUUGGAGCAUAUCCUACCUCACGGAAGAUCAUGACACUCUGGUUGCCAAGCAUCACUGCCACCUCUCUUGGCUAGCUGACUUUAACACUAACAGAUUAACCCUUAAGUUACAAACUGAAUGAACCUUGCUGUUGUACUUCCAAUAGCUUCUUUUGUAGGAAACCAGAUUUGCUGCCAAAUGCAGCUAUAGGCUGAUUUUUUAUAGGGUCAUAAUGCUCUUGCUUGCUAAUGUUUACCACAGGGAGACAAUUGCAGUGUCAGAAAGUUGCAAUAGGAUAAGUUACGUGGCUGAAGAAAAGGUCUUCAAAUUUGAGCCUCUGGUAGUCAGAGUUGUUUAUGAGUGGCAGCUAUGCGUGUGUGCUGUUGCAUGUGAUAUUCUUUUUUGCUGAGGAGAUGAGUGGUGUCAGCUUUGACAAUGCAAUGCUGAUUGCCUGCUCGAAUAAGGCAAUACCUUGAGUCCUUAUUACAGCACUUGUCGGCUUUGGAAUAGACCCCGACUUACAAAUUGAUAUUAUCACAGAACUGGAUCUAGUCAACAUGACUAUUGGAGUUACACAGGUGUCUGGACUACAUAAUGCCAGCAAAGCAUUUUUAUUUCAAGCUAUAGAUAGAGAAAUCCAUGCAGCACCCCAUACAAGUGAGAAGUUAAUUCAGCUCUUCCGGAAUAAAAGUGAGUUCACAUUUCUGGCCACCCUACAGCAGCAACCAUUGACUUCGGGAGUCAUUUUAUCCAUCAGAGAAUUGGAGCACAGGGUGAAAAGUGCAUUGCUAUGGAGGAAAGUGUGCAAAAUGACCUUGUUAAUCUUAAUUUCUUUGGUAGCUGGAUAUCGACAUUGGGAUGGAGAAUUUGACUUGCAGCAAGACAGUUACUUUGAACUGGAAAGCAGUGGCCUGAGAGAUGAAAUAAGAUAUCACUACAGUUUUAAUGGAAAGUCAAGAACAGAAGUAUUUCCAUAUCGGCUAGCGGAUGGACAGUGGCAUAAGAUUGCAUUAUCCCUUAGCGCAUCCCACCUCCUGCUUCACGUGGACUGCAAUAGGAUUUAUGAGCGUGUUAUAGACCCUCCAGAAACAAAUCUGACUCCAGGAAGCAAUCUGUGGCUAGGACAACGUAACAGGAAACAUGGCUUCUUUAAGGGUAUCAUUCAAGAUGCGAAAGUCAUCUUUAUGCCUAAUGGAUAUAUAACACAAUGUCCUAACCUGAAUCGCACCUGCCCAACCUGCAGCGACUUCUUAAGCCUGGUUCAAGGAAUUAUGGAUUUGCAAGAACUUCUGGCUAAAAUGACAGCGAAACUAAAUUAUGCAGAAAUGAGGCUUAGUCAGUUGGAAAACUGUCACUGUGAGAAGACUUGUCAAGUAAAUGGAGUGAUCUAUCGAGACAAAGACUCAUGGGUAGAAGAUGAUCACUGCAGGAAUUGCACAUGCAAAAAUGGAGUAGUGGAAUGCCGGCGAAUGGCCUGCCCACCAUUGAACUGUUCACCAGAUCGUCUUCCAGUCCAUGUAUCCGGCCAGUGUUGCAAAGUGUGCAAAUCCAAAUGCAUCUAUGGAGGAAAAGUCCUGGCAGAAGGUCAGAGGGUCAUUUCCAAGAAUUGCAAAGAAUGCCAUAAUGGAAUUUUAGUAAAAGUAACAGAGACCUGUCCUCCAUUGAACUGCUCUGAAAAAGAUUACAUCCUCCCAGAGAAUCAGUGCUGCACUGUUUGCAAAGGUCAUAAUUUUUGUGCACAAGGACACAGAUGUGGUGAAAACUCAGAGUGCAGAAACUGGAACACGCAAGCUACUUGUGAAUGCAAAAAUGGUUAUGUCUCUGUCCAAGGGGAUUCUGCCUAUUGUGAAGAUAUUGAUGAGUGUGCUGCUAAGAUGCAUUAUUGUCAUGCCAACACAGUGUGUGUUAACCUGCCUGGAUCAUAUCGCUGUGACUGUGUCCCAGGAUAUAUCCGCAUUGAUGAUUUCUCAUGUACAGAGCGUGAUGAAUGUGACAGCGGACAGCACAACUGUGAUGAGAACGCAAUCUGUACUAACACAGUCAGGGGACAUAGCUGCACCUGCAAACCUGGAUAUGUGGGGAAUGGUACCAUCUGCCGAGCAUUUUGUGAAGAAGGGUGCAGAUAUGGUGGAACGUGUGUAGCCCCUAAUAAGUGUGUCUGCCCUGCCGGAUUCACAGGAAAUCAUUGCGAGAAAGAUAUUGAUGAGUGUGCAGAGGGCAUCAUUGAAUGUCACAACCAUUCAUGCUGUGUUAACCUCCCAGGGUGGUGCCACUGUAAGUGCAGAAGCGGUUUCCAUGACAAUGGAACCUAUUCACUUUCCGGGGAGUCCUGUGUUGAUAUUGAUGAAUGUGCCUUAAGGACUCACACCUGUUGGAAUGAUUCAGCCUGCGUGAAUCUGGCAGGGGGGUUUGAUUGCCUCUGCCCAUCUGGUCCAUCCUGUACUGGUGACUGCACACAUGAAGGAGGCUUAAAACGGAAUGGCCAGGUAUGGACACUGAAGAAAGACAGGUGUUCUGUUUGCUCUUGUAAGGAUGGCAAGAUAUUCUGUCGACGAACUGCUUGUGAUUGUCAGAAUCCCAGUGUUGAUUUCUUCUGCUGCCCAGAAUGUGAUACCAGAGUCACCAGUCAAUGUUUAGAUCAGAGUGGGCACAAGUGGUACCGAAGUGGAGAUAAUUGGACAUAUAGCUGUCAACAGUGCCGUUGUCUGGAAGGUGAAGUGGAUUGUUGGCCACUUGCAUGCCCAACUCUUACCUGUGACUACACAGCAACAUCAGAAGGCGAAUGUUGCCCUCGUUGUGUCAGUGAUCCUUGUUUGGCUGAUAACGUUACUUAUGACAUCAGAAAAACCUGUCUAGAUGGCUAUGGAAUAACACGACUUAGUGGCUCUGUAUGGACAAUGCUUGGAUCUCCUUGUACAACUUGCAAAUGCAAGAAUGGAAAUGUCUGCUGCUCUGUGGAUUUAGAAUGUCUUCACAAUAACUGAAGUAUAAAGCUGGGACUAUUCUUUUUGUGAGGAAAACUGAUGCAAUUUCCCACUUUCAAAAUGAUUGCAGUUGUAAGAGAUGGGAGUUUUAUACAAUAGACAAUUACCAAAGUCUCCGCCUGAGGAAGAUAUUUGGGAGUUGCCUUUGGGACCUACCACUACACGCUCAUCCUUGCUAGGCUUCUCUCGGGUGACUUUACAGUACAAUACAUAUAAAUCAAUGGUUGUUAAAAGUUCUUAGUGUUGUAAAUUACACCCUUUUUCUGUCAAAUCAUUUGCAAAUGCAUUGGAAUUAUUUCAUUGGCAAAAUACAGCGAUGUAUUUAUUUGUUUAAUUUGUGUACAAACAACACAAUGGAAACUCCUGUUUUAUUUUAGGUUAGAUCCAGGUCCUACAAAAUAAGGCUGCCUGUUGUGGUUUUGUCCCAUACUAUUGCCUAUUUAGUUCUGAGGUCCCUGUCAAAUGUAUUUAUGAAAAUAUGUAUGUAUGUACAGUCAAAUUGCAUAGUACUUAUAUUUCAUAGAUGUCAAACACUGUAAAACAUUCCAAGGUACAUUUGACUUGUACAGGCUGGAAGUAAUCAAACGUCACCCUAUCUUUAUGAAAAAAAACAAAUAAAUAAAAAGAAUAAUGUCACAAGUUUAAUGAAGUGGCAGAAAGCACUUCCUUUUGCAGACAAAUGAGCUAACAGCAAAAUUCCCGUGUGGAGGGAGAGAGAAAGAAGGACACUGUUUUAAUCAGUACCGCUCCAGAAAGUACCCAGAAAACCAUGGCAUUUAUCAACAUUACGCUUAGCAGAAUGUUGUAGUUUGCAAGUCAAACAACAAAUAUUGGGUGUGGGUGUAAUUCAGUCAGGGUUGUGUAGCAUUCAAUAAAGCAGUCAAAGGGCUUUACAUGUCUUGCUUUUAAGUGAAUGGGUGAGAUUUUGAUAUCUGUUACACUGGUAUACAUGAGUUUAUAAUCUGUUCCCCAUGUAGUUGCUUUAGCAUAAUAAAGUCUGCCAUCCUCCAUUAUGUAUGUCACAAUGAACAAGUUCAUCUCUAUUUGUACUGUUAGAGCUUACAAGGAACAGUGUAAAUGUCACUGCAUUUAAUUAUAAUUUCAGCAUAUAUCGCACUAGGCAGUGUGUUGGCCUUGGAAGAAGGGUGGAACCAUAUUCCAGUUUUCAUUAAAUGUAAUAUAUUCACUAAACAACCUUGUCCCAAUUUUCCCCAUCUUCUGACAUUCAAAAAGAUCUAAUUUAUUGUUAGCCAUCUGUAAAAUGCUGUUUAAAAUCCCAAACUUAAGCAGAAUAGUAAUUAAAACUUUGAAAUGUGCACAAAGGUUAAGUUUGAACGAUAGAUGUCUGCUUUGAUUUUGCAAGGCUAAGAUAUUGAUUGUACUACAGCAAAAUCUGUUUCAGCCUAAAACUUCAAUAUAUUCAGUCCUGUCCAACUGGCUUCCAUGCAUAGAUCACCUCCCAUAACACAACAUACACAGCAGACUACUGUGUGGGAAUUAGGAAGGUAAAAUUCCCCACAUUUAGAUAGGACAGUUGGAUGCAGCCUAGACCUUGAUCUUCAGAUCCAUAAGUGCAACAGCAGGCUAUGUUUGUUUAUUGAUUGAUUGAUCUCCCCCCCCAAAAAAAACCACAUUGCUUUUUGCUAUGCCUGUUAAGCAGGCAAAAAGGGACUACAAACACUACUGCAUUCCUUCUUCUUUAUUGAUAUAUGGUAACAGACCCAUUCAAAUAAGAUAAUCAAUAAAACGCCAAAACAGUUAAAAUACAGAAAUAUAAAAGUAUAACAUAAAAGAAAUAACAGUUCAGAAAAAAGAAUCCUUUUGUGACUCCUUUGGGCAGAAAAGAGGACCUUGGCCACUGUCUCUGUUGCAGACUUGUUAGAAUCAGCCAGGAAAUAUUUCAGAAACCAGUCCACAGACCUACCAGGAAAGUUCCUCCUAAUAGGCCCAAGUAGUCUAUUAAAAUCCUCCCUAUAAAAGUUACAUACAAAAAAACCAUGAUCCAAAGAUUCAACUUCAUCUCCACAGGGACACAGCUGAUCCACAUAAUGGGCCCUUGGUACCGCCCUUCCAAGAGAGCAGAAGAGAGACAGUUAAACUUGGCUCUAGAAAAUACAUGGCGAUACUUAGGAAAAGUCAGAUUCUCCAAAUAAUUAGCGUAUUUGGGAAACUGAAAACUCAGACCAAGAUGAAUAGGGGAGCAUAUUUUUCAUGCAUUCGAUUCAGAAAAUUGAAAAUCAAUAUCCUUAAUUCUUUGAUCUAAAAUGAAUUUAGCACACUACUGCACUCAUGGAUCUUAGAAUCAAGGUCACUGUGUUUUUAAGUGAUUGUUCUUAUUCUGCUUUGAUGAGCGAUAUACUCUUUUCACUGUUUUGGUUUAACUGAGGUUAUGAUUGAUCAGAAUCAUAUUCUGUAGACAAGCUUAGUAAAUACACAUUGCAUUUGUGGAACUGCUAUUGUUUUAAUCAUGAAAAUGACUUCUAAAAACUAUGGUGGAGUAUCUACAAAUGCUGUACACCGAGCAUUCUACUAAUAGCAUAUUACAGAAUAGUAUGGAAGGUCUGCAGUCAUGUGAUACAGAAUUUUUUUCUGAAUGUGACAUAGAACAUUAACACAGUAUAUAUCUAGAUUCAAACUUAAGAAUAAGCCCUUCAAUCCAGUAUUCUGAUUUACGUGAAGAGGUGUUAGUGGGUAGGUGGUGCAGAAGCUGCUUUGUUUUCUCUAAUUUCAGAGAAUUCCUUUUGUGCACAAAGGAUUCCUCAACUCUGAAGAUAACAAAGAAGAUCCUAUUUAUAUAGGACUCUAUGCCAGCAGUCUGUCUUUUUCUAUUUCUAAAUUGCCCCCUAUUUAGCAUCCGCUAUGUGUUGAUUUGCAUUGUUUUAACGAUGGUAUAAAGUUGUGUUUUAUAGGUUCCUCAAAAGACAUUUGUAAAUCACAUCAUUAGUCCAUUUUUGUAAAUCAUGUUGUAAACCCAAUGGUGAUUCAACUGAAGAAAGUGAUGCAGUGGUUUGGGAUGUAAAGGGGAGUGAUUUAAAACUUGUGGCAUCUAAAUAAAC